AAAAUAGUGUGGGAUAUGAGGCGAGAUUAUUCCACGUCAGCUAGUGUGGGGCCCAUCAGAAUGGUUAAAGAAAACGGAGGUUUGUCCAUAAAGCCCCAUUCACUUUGGACGCUAGAUCACUGUCAACUGGCUGUUCUCUCUAUUUCCCGUUCUGUCAUUUCGUUCUCCAACCUUUUCAUUUUUGCAUUAACAUUGCCUCGUUUUGUGGGAAGCUAUUAGCAAAAGAACUGUUGAUUCUCUCUCACAGAAAAUAACUGGAGUUGCUUGAUCGAUCCAUGGCCUAUGAACAGUGCUUUGCGCAAGGAUGGAAACACGUCUCUGGUACAGGCGGAACAGAUCGAGAAACCUACAAGGGUUGCUUUGAUUGUAACAUCUGCUUAGACUUUGCCCAUGAGCCAGUGGUUACUCUCUGCGGUCACUUGUACUGCUGGCCUUGCAUCUAUAAAUGGCUUCACGUCAAGAGCGUCUCUCUUGCCAUUGAUGAGCACCCGCAAUGCCCAGUUUGCAAGGCUGAUAUUUCCCACACCACAAUGGUUCCUCUCUAUGGUCGUGGCCAAAUGGCCGAGGAAGUCGGGCCUGAAGCCCAAGCUCUGCAUCAAGACAACGUUGAUAUACCUCCUAGACCUUCAGCUUGUGGUAACCAGAUACUUGCUACCCUCAGCACACAUCAGCAGCAGCUUCGAUAUCGAAAUCCUUACCAGCGACCAAAUCAUGACCCCCUUCUUUUUGGCAAUUAUGAAGAAGAUUCGCCAGCUCCUUCGCUAAACCUUGCUAGAACAUCGUUCAGUGGUUUUCACCAUCCGGUGGUAGGAAUGAUUGGCGAUUUCAUGUAUGCAAGGGUCUUUGGGAACUCUGACAAUUUAUACUCUUACCAAAACUCUUAUCAUCUAACAGGGAGCCGUAGGAACCGGUUGAGAAGACAGGAAAUGCAGGCAGAGAAGUCAUUGAACAGAAUCUCCAUUUUCCUCUUCUGCUGUGUAAUUCUGUGCGUUCUUGUCUUCUAAUGAGAUUCUGUUCCUGGAAACUCCUCCAUUUGUAAGAAAAAAAGGAAGAAGAAGAAAGAUACUAAUAAAGUACAUCAUUGUCUUUGUAUUCUGUGUAAAGGUUUUUUGAGGUAAGCUCAUGGACAGCUAUAUGUUUAUAUACAAUUUCCCCCCUACUUCUGGCUUAUAUAAGUACUUUACAUACAUAAUCAUAUAUGUACAUGUUCAUUAUAUAAAAUAUAUAGCAUUAAAGAUU